GACUCCCACCUGCUGACGAAAUUCCUCCCUCAGGGUCGAGGACAAACGUCAGAACCAUAGUUGAUACUAGCUGAUAUCUUGUUUUCCUUGGCAGUGACCAGAAGAAACCAAAUUUGCUGGGAAAAUUUUGGAAAUGUUGCUUAGGGAAAUCGCACGUUUCUCGCUGCAACAUCGAACACUUUACUGUUAUCUUAUCUUAAGCAUAUGGAUUUUCCUACUGAUUGCUGGAAUGUACAAAUACAUUGGAUCAAUAGAAAACAGCAAUAGCGUAUUGAGCUCGAAGAAUUUUCUAUACAAAAAACAGCAACUGUUGGAAGAUCACGAACGAGCUCGAUCGAAAAAGAUCAACGACGAUGAUUGCAAUCACCCUCCAACAAUAGGGCUGGGAGAAGAAGGAGGCACCUUUGAGGGAUGGUCUUUGCAGGGCGUGUUGCUUCUAAUACGUCAUGGCGAUCGUGGUCCAAUGACACAUGUGCGUGGCAUUGAAUCCGUUGAUUGCAGCUACGAAGGUGACACAGUGAUGGUGAAGUAUAGUCACUAUCUCACCAACAGCAGUUCCAGUACGUCUGCUGGCCAUUGGAUGAAAACGGGUCCAUUUCAUGGCUUUCCAUUGCUUCCAUCCAGCCCCAAGGCUUGCCUUCUAGGCCAACUAACACAAAAAGGCGUUGCACAAUUGCUAAGAGUUGGGGACGUGAUUCGUCAGGCUUAUGCGCAUACGUUAUCGCUGUACGCUAAACCAGUUGUUACAAAAACUACACCGUUCAAUGCUUCCGAUACCACAAAUAAUCCAAUGGUCUACAAUACUGACGACAUCGUUAUAUAUUCCACUCGAUACCGUCGAACGUUCCAGUCAGCCAUGGCACUUAUGUUCAGCAUUGUUCACCCUGAAAAAUGGCAGUAUCUCCAAAUCCAAGAGAGUCACAGUUUGUCUUUUUGUUUCACGGAUUGUGCUUGCCCACAGGCUGACAAUAUCAAAAAGCUGCUAGAUAAAGAAAGCAAGCAAUCACUGGCAACUCAUCCAGCAAUCGGAGCUAUUGUGCAAUGGAUGAGCGCUACCCUGCUUCAAAAUCAACCCACUGCAGGUCAAACUAGUCCUCUUGAAAUACGGGAUGCGAUCUUGUCUCACAUCUGUCACGAUGCCGCACUUCCUUGCCGGAAAAUCUCCCUCUUAACAUCCCAUGAACCUCACCGUACAAGCAGCUCCAGCACACAAGAUCCUCAGGAUGUAAUCAAUAUCGAUCAGGAUGACAGUGGAAUUGUAUUCAGUCAAAGUCAGCCCAUUACAGAAGAUCCGGAUGAUACGGAUCAGACAGGGGAACAAGAACCCGAGAUCGAAGGUUGCGUUGAGAAAAGUCAUGUUGCUGCACUCAUGUCGUACACCCAAUGGGCGGGGCUUAAGGAAUGGAAGAGCAUUCGGAUGCGCCAGCAAGGCCUACUACGUGCCUAUGGAUUUCUGAGGAACAUCGUCGGGUACAUGCUGAAAAUGAUCUCGGGAAAUAAGGUGAAGUUCGUCCUCUACUCCGGCCAUGAUAAAACCAUGGAAUAUUUAAUGACCGCCCUUGGCUUAACCACGGAGUCUCCUUUCAUCCCCUACGCCUCACGGAUGGCGUUCGAGGUGUACAAAAGCGACAAGGAUACACAGUAUUACUUCCGGCUGUUGUUCAAUGGUCGUGAUGUGACCAAUAUGAUCGGAGUUUGCGAGGGUGGUAAAAGUUUAAGUGUACCACGUGGUAUACGAGGUGACCGGGCGAAUCUGUGUCCUAUCGAAAAUAUCAUUCGUUUCCUUCACGAUGACUAUUUUCUUCCGCUGAAUGCGACCAACUUCAAAGAUGCUUGCUUGGCUCAAAAGGACAAUUACUUUUAAGUUUGAAUGGCUUUAUUUUGAUCUGUGAUAAAAAAAAAUUGAUUAGUAUUACACGUAAGUACAACGUUAUAUUUAGUUGGUUUAAUAUUCCGUGUAUGUAGAAAAGCGAGUCCAUGUUCGAACAGAAACAUAUCAUUUUAACGUAUAGUUCUUAGAAUAAGAAUGGAAUGAGUAUAUUUACAAAGAUGCUUUUAUUCAGCAUGUGUCGUUAUGUUAGGUAAAUUAUGGAUAUGAAAAUUAAAGCUCACUGACAAAAAUGA